GCGAGAGUAAAUUGAAAGAAGAAGAAGGUGGGGGGUAAAAAGACGUCGUUUGAGGCCUAAACGUUGGCGUUAUGUUUCUGUGUUCCUAAUUGAUGCAUGCAUGUCUAAAAACAUCGAUGAUAAUAAUAGUUUGUAUUGGGCUACAUUAGUCCGAGCGCACUUUGACGCUUCUAGUGCUAGCUUAGCCUGCUAGUUAGCUUAGCUACUUAGCUUAGCUUGUUAGCAGCUAACAAAGCGACGCGGAGGUUAUUAUCAACACUUCGAUCGGCAGUAAACACAUGUGAGUGUAAAGUGUCGUGAUUGUGGGGGAAAAUGUGCGAAAGAACGAUAGUGGAGUACGAGAAGGAACUUUCGCCAACUAAAGAGAAGAAGGAGCGACAACAUCAACUACUGGACGCUUUUUUCAAGAAGCAUCACGUUGUGUUGCACGGAACAGAUGUCCAGCAGCACCCCCAUGUUGAAGACGAUGACCCACAUCCCCCUCAUGUAAAAGAGAAAAAGGAGGAGCCACAGCCCGCCCACAUUAAAGAGGAAGAGGAGGAGCUCUGGAUCACUCAGGAGGGAGAGUGUCUUCUAGGACAGGAGGAGGAUGAUCUCACCAAGUUUCCACUGACUGUUGUCUCUGUGAAGACUGAAGACCGUGAAGAGAAACCACCCGAGUCCUCGCAGCUUCAUCACAGUCCAAACAUCUGUGAAGAACAUGGUCUUUCUGAGCAGAAGGAAUCGACCUUCAGGAUGGAGCAGGAGGAGCCACAUCUCCCCCGCAUCAACAAGGAGAAGGCUCGGUUUCAACCCCCGCACUUUAAAGAGGAAGGGAUUAAAGAAGAAGAGGAGGAACACAGCAUCAGUCAAUAUGGAGAGCAGUUUGAAUGGUUGGAGGAGGUUGAUGUCACCAAGAUGCCACUGACUGUCAUAGUGAAGAGUGAAGAUGAUGAGGUCAAAGGUGAAAGUGAGGCGGAGCCUCCAAGCAGCAGCUCAGCUCAACACAUGACAACAGAAGCUGAGGAAGACCACUGUGGAGGAUCACCAGCAGACAAGCUCUUAGCUCCACUAUCAGAUAGUGAUGACUUAACCUCACUCUCUCCUGACACUGACGAUGAUGAUGAUGACGAAGACGAAGACUCUAAAUCUGACAAUGCGCAAUUUCAGUGCCCUCAUUGUGACAAAACUAUUAAACACAGUUCUCAUCUAAAAAUACAUAUGAGAAUACACACUGGUGAAAAACCAUUUGUGUGCUCAGUGUGUAGCAAAAGAUUCUCCCAGAAGCAACAUUUGAAAGUACACAUGAGAAUACACACCGGGGAAAAACCAUUCAUGUGCUCAGUUUGUAGCCAAACAUUCUCUCAGAAGCAUUGUCUGAAAAUACACUCAGCGAUACACACGGGAGAGAAACCUUUUUCCUGUUCAAUCUGUGCCAAACGUUUUAUACAGAAUAUCGAUUUGAAAGUACACAUGAGAAUCCAUACCGGAGAAAAACCUUUUACCUGUUCAAUUUGUGGCAAAGUCUUUUUGCGGAAAGAUGCGUUUAAAAUACACAUAAGAAGACACACCGGUGAAAAACCGUUUUCCUGUUCAAGCUGCAACAAAAGCUACUGUGACCAGUCCUCACUUUUGAAACACAUCAGAACGCACAGUGGUGAAAAACCGUAUUCCUGUUCAAGCUGCGACAAAAGCUUUUAUGAGCAAUCAAAACUUGUGGUGCACAUGAGAACACACACCGGGGAGAAAGUGUUCAGUUGCAGCGUGUGUGAUGAACGAUUCUCGUACAAGUACCAGUGUAAGAAACACAAGUGUGCUGGGGAGAACAGCAGCAGCAAAUGAAGCUGCAGGAUUUUAAAUAAACUGCCCAAAUAUUAACUUGAAGUUUUCUAACAUUACCACAUAUGACAUCUUUACUAAUAUGUUUUUACCGUUUACAGAUGACUGUCAAGUACAUGUAUUUAAACAAGCUCUGCUUCUUCCUACUCCUUUUCAGACAUGAUGGAAUGUGAAAUUGUAAACAUGUGAUGUAUUUACUGUAUCUGCAUGCAUGUUGGAAAUAAACUAACAUCAAUGAGUGAAUGUUAUUUGUAUGGCACUUCUCACAGAUAGCUCACAAAGUGUUUCACGUGUUAAGAUUCAAAA